AUGGUUCUCACUGGAAGCCUCCCUCCUUCUGCAUCAAACAACGCGGCUCCUGUAUUUGCGCCACCUUAUCGAGCGGCCGCCUUUCCAUCACGGUUUUCUGAUAUCAACUGCAUCCUUAUCAAAUACCGCACAAAUGGAUCUAGCGUUCAACCUUUAAUCCCGGAAAAUCUGACGAUUGAGGAGAAGCCAGUCAUCACAACACGCCUAGUGUCAUACGGUUGCUCUCCUAUCGGCCCAUAUCACGAGUUUCUUCACAGUGUAGAAGUCGAAUUUGAAGGUCGCAAAUUCGACUACUCACUCCUCAUAAUCCUAGACAAUGAAGACGCCGCAUAUUCUGGAAGAGAGCUUUGGGGCGCACCGAAAGUCCUAGGGUCGUUCAACUUCCCCACUCAGCCUGAUGGGAUGAGCGGUUUCUUUCACGGGCGCGUGUGUCGGCCCAGCAGCUUUCCCAUCGUAGAAGUUCUCUUCAAACCCACUGUGCUCUUGGAUAUCGAAGAACACGCCGAACCAGAACAUAAUCUUCUUUUUUUGCGCUCAAUUCCUUCACCCAUGCCCGAAAAGACGCCUCACAUACGUCAAUACAUAGAAGUUGACUUCAAGAUGCAGCACAGGCAGAUUUGGGAGGGAGUUGCUUCUAUCCACUUCCCUGCCCAAUCUAUGUUUGAUCCUCUUCAUCUCACCCCUGUCGAGGAAUACAUCUCUGCACAUUAUUCACGAGAUACAUCCGCAACAAUCUCACCGGCCGAUGUUCAUAAAUUCUAA